AUGAUCACCAAGUACUUUGCCAAGGUCUCUGUUUCUUUCAACCCCCUUGUUGCUGCCGCCAAACCUGCGCGCGUGUUUCUGAGCAACAUUCCUCCCAAAAGCCGUAACGCGUCCAUUGCUUUGACACAGAAGAUUCUUGCACCAUCGUCGACUGAGCCUUCUGUGAUUUCCGUGACUUUUAAGGACGGAAAUGUCAUUUCGCUUGAUCCUACACAAAACUCGACAGUUGAGGUUGCUGAGGCAUUCGAUCGUUACUCACGAGUACUGAAGCUUAAAGACGAUAUUUCUGAGGAAUAA